AUGGUCACUCCAGUGACCAAGAGGGGAUCCUUCUCUUCCAUCCAAAUCUUAAAUGUGUGCGAAGAUCCACGUUUAUGUGAACAAGAAUGGGGUAAUCUUAUGGAUCCAUCUAUACAUGAACAAGAAUUAAUUGAUCAAGAAAAAGUUGGCGAUUUCUUUUAUCGUUUUCGUAAUGAUGAAUCAGGUGCUGAUGUCUAUGAUCAAAAACAUUAUCAAUUAAAAGAUUUUAAUAAUUGUGAAUUUUGUAUUUUAGAACGUAAUGAACAAACAGGGCCAUAUGAAUUAAAAGCACAAUUAAUAGAAAAAUCAUAA